AUGAAUAAUUACUCUUCACAUCAUGAUGAGAAUAUUAAUGAAGACUCAUUUCAUAAUGAUUCUGUUAAUAGGAAUCAUCAUAUAUACGAUUCAUUAGCAUCUGCUCAACUUCAACAAACAAAUGUUGAUACUUCAAAUUAUUCAAUAUUACAUCAAGCUUCGUCAAAUAUAUCAGAAAAUCAAACUUUUGAGCAAUAUCAACCAGAUACUCCAUCAAAAAGUUAUCGUCAAAAAUUAAUUAAGGAUGAUAUUAUUGCAAUUGAUCACAAUGAUACUGAUGCUUCAUUUAUAUUACCAAAUUUAUAUGAGUUACCAGAAGAUAUUCGUAUUCGUGUUAUGGAUAAUAUUGUUGAUAUACCAACAAUGGUAUCAUUGGAAGAAACAAAACGUCUCAAUUGGUGGGUUAAUAAAAAAUUACCAUGUGCAAAACUAUAUCCUUUAGUAACAAGUGGAGAUGGAAAUUGCUUAUUACAUGCAACAUCACUUGCAAUGUGGGGUUGUCAUGAUCAUUCAUUGUCAAUGCGUAAAGCAUUAAAUGAAACAUUGAUCACAUCUAAACCAAAUAAUUCACUUUAUCGACGUUGGCGUUGGGCUCAAUCCGUACAAAAUAAAAAAUAUGACCUGGUUUUUUCUGAAGAAGAAUGGAAUGAAGAAUGGAAAAGUUUAUUAAGAUUAUCAUCAGCUGAGCCACGUGUUUCACAAACAAAAUCAUUCGAUUCAUACUGUUCGGCUGAUGAAAUCAACAACGGUUCAAAAUCUUCUCAAACAAAUACAGAUCUUUCAACAAAAUCAUCAUCACAAUCAACUCGACAAUAUUAUGAGAGUUUAGAAGAAUUUCAUGUUUAUGUUCUUGCAAAUAAUAUUCGUCGACCGAUUGUUAUCUAUUCAGAUACAUUAUUACGAACGAAUGAUGGUGAAGCUAUUUCACCUAUUGAAUUCGGUGGAAUCUAUUUACCGUUAGAAAUUCCACCGGAAAAAUGCCAUAAGCAACCAAUACUUUUGGCAUAUGAUGCUGCACAUUUUUCAGCUCUACUACCCAUGGAACAAAUUAAUAGUAAACCAUCAUCAAAAUCUACUUAUCGAAUACCUUUAAUCGAUGUAGAUACAUUGGAUAUUCUACCUAUUCAUUUUUUUAUUGAUCCUGGUUUAAAUUUUCAAUGGCCAAUAGAUGAAGAAUUAUCUAAUGAUAAAAUUCAUUUCUAUACAACCUAUGGAGAUAAUCGAAUGGAUAUCCUUGAAAAAUAUUUAAAUUUAUCAAAAGAAUAUCUUCCAUUGAAUAAUUUAAUUCCACAAUCAACAAAAACAAAACAGGAGAAUAGAAUAUCGACAACAACAAAUACUAAUCCAUCAAAUGAACUGAAUUCACCUGUAACACAUAAAAAAGUUUCUCGUUCAUCGUUAAAUUCAUUUUCAAAAAUGUUUCGUCGAACAUUUAUCGAACCAUUUUCAUCUACUAAACGUGCCUCUCUUAAACAUGCACAUUCUCAUUCAACACAUCGAAAGUCUGAUCGAUCCGUUAUGAAUGAAAAUACAUAUGAACACCGACGAUCACUAACAUUACUUGAUCAUCAUACAAAUAUUUUAACUAUCAUUUUAGCUAAUUUUCAACCAAAACGACCACAAAUAUCUGAUAAUAUGAUAAAAAACUAUAUUGAUACAUGUAUGAAUGAUUACUAUUUUGAGAAAAAUCAAAAACAAAUUCAACACGAAAAUGAUAACGUGCAAAACCUUGAACCAUCAACAGAUUUAAAUGAAACUAAUGUUUCAUUAUCAACAAUGAAUACCUAUGACGAAGAAAUUAUCUCGACGAAUAGAUCUAAUGAUACUAGUAAACAAAUAAAUGAUAAACGAACACGCCGUAAAUUACUUCAAAUCCCAUUAAAUUCUUUAAAUAAAACAAUUCCAUCAACUCAACAUAUAGAAAAAGAUUCUAGCAUCGGCACUUCGUUAUCGGGGGUGAAUGGUCACUAUUUAGGAAAUGUUGACCAUGUACAACAAACACAACAAAAAUUAAAUCAAUUGAUACAAGGAAGUGAUCUUGAAAUGACGAACGAUCAAUAUUUGAAUGUUGAAUUAGAUAUUAAUAGCACUUCAAAUAAAUUGUUUCCAAGUCAAAAACUAAUCUCAUCAUCUUUAAAACGCCAGCAAUCAUUAAAUUCUGAUAAAAGUUCAAAUAAUCUAUCAGAAAACAAUCAAAAUUUAAAUCACUCAAAAUCAACGAAUACAAAUAUUAAUAAACGUGCACAAAUAUUAAAUCCAAUAUCAAAUAUUACGCAACAAAAGCGUCUUUAA